GCAACAGUGGUUUAGCGGCUGGCCCUGCUGGUAAACAAAUAAUAGUUGAAAAUUUGUAUAAAACUGGCGUGCUGCGAGAAAACAAACUGCGGCAGAUGCCAAACAGUUAAAGGACAGCAAUUUGCGUAGCCUAGAGUAACAGGAGCACUGGCAACGGUAACUGCAGCUGUUUAUUUAUAGCAGCAAAACAACAACACUAGCACCCACCCCCAAACCCGAAUAUUCAGCCCAACUGAAGCAAAGCAGAAACCCGUGUAUAAAUUGAGAGUGAGCGACGUAAUUGGAAGCGAAACCACACCGCAAGUGCAAGGAUACGCGAUUCACAGUUGCCUAUCGGCCCGUCAAAGUCAAGCUUAUCACAAUCAGAAUCUGAAUCAGAAUCAGUCAGCAAAAUGGAGCCAAGUGUAACUGCAGUGACUGUAUCACCAAAUCCCGUGAAUGCAGCGGCAGCAGCAGCGGCAAACACUAAACGAUCCACGCAGCAAGGACGCAAAAAAUCAGGACCGAAAUUUGAGCUAUCUGAAGCACAAAAGUCGGACAUUAAGGAGGCCUUCGAUUUGUUUGAUAAUGAAUCGACGGGAUAUAUUGAGGUUAAGGAGUUGAAGGUGGCCAUACGGGCGUUGGGCUUUGAGCCGAAAAAGGAGGAAAUCAAACGAAUGAUUGCGGAAAUCGAUAAGGAUGGUAGUGGACGUAUUGCGUUCAAUGACUUUUUACACCUAAUGAGCAUGAAAAUGGCCGAAAAGGAUACCAAAGAGGAGAUACUGAAAGCAUUCCGCUUGUUCGAUGACGAUGAAACGGGUAAAAUCUCAUUUAAAAAUUUAAAACGCGUUGCACGCGAACUUGGCGACCUGACGGAUGAGGAAUUGCGUGAAAUGAUUGAUGAGGCGGAUCUGGACAACGAUGGAGAGGUCAAUCAGGAGGAGUUUCGCAUUAUGAAGAAGACCAGUUUGUAUUAAGCAGAAAAUGCGUUAAGAAUUCAAAUUGACUUUAAAAAUUAGUUGAUAAUUGCAUUCACAUUCUGAUCUAUAUGUCUAAGUUACAAGGGUUGUUCCUUAAGUUUCAUUUAAGCUUUUGUGUAAUGUUUUUAUUUCUAUAUAGCCAAGUUGUAUAUCAUUUGCUCAAGUGAUAACUAAUAUAUGUAAAAUGCGAGCUUGUUCCUUUAACUGAAAAUGCACCGCCUGUGUUUUUGCACAAAUUAAUCUCAAUGAACGAAUAAAAGAUCAAUUAGUUAUUGUUGUAAUUGAA